AUGGAGGUUGGUAUCCCUGCUCCUCACAAGGUUGGUAUCCCUGCUCUUCACAAGGUUGGUAUCCCUGCUCCUCUCAAGGUUGGUAUCCCUGCUCCUCGCAACGUUGGUAUCCCUGCUCCUCCCAACGUUGGUAUCCCUGCUCCUCUCAAGGUUGGUAUCCCUGCUCCUCACAAGGUUGGUAUCCCUGCUCCUCACAAGGUUGGUAUCCCUGCUCCUCUCAAGGUUGGUAUCCCUGCUUCUCUCAAGGUUGGCAUCCUUGCUCCUCACAAGGUUGGUAUCCCUGCUCCUCUCAAGGUUGGUAUCCCUGCUCCUCACAACGUUGGUAUCCCUGCUCCUCACAAGGUUGGUAUCCCUGCUCCUCUCAAGGUUGGUAUCCCUGUUCCUCACAAGGUUGGUAUCCCUGCUCCUCUCAAUGUUGGUAUCCCUGUUCCUCACAAGGUUGGCAUCCUUGCUCCUCACAAGCGUGGAUGUGAGAUUGGCUGGACCAUCUACGCCACUCUCAACCCUUCAAUUAAGCGUGAUCCUUUAACACCUCUGAGAUGCACCCUGCAGCACCCAGUGACCUCUGACCUAGCCGGCCACUCCCACGCCUCCCUGACCCAACGGCUGCGGCCUCAUAAGGUCCAUCUUGGUACACAUUCACUUCAGGAAUGA